UCACGCCGGCUUUUCAUUCAGUUCCUAGUUUGACCUGCUCGGUUGCUGCUUUCAGGAGCUGAUCCAGCUGAUCCUUCAUUAUAACUUGUCAUUCUCAUCCUGAGGAGCUGUGAGGGCAACAUGUCAGAAAUCGGGGAAAUCGAUGAAGGAUUUUACUCCAGACAGCUGUAUGUUCUGGGCCAUGACGCGAUGCACCGGAUGGGCACCGCCAGAGUCCUGAUUGCAGGCAUGCGUGGUCUGGGGGUAGAGAUAGCCAAAAAUGUGAUCCUGUCCGGAGUGAAGUUUGUCACCGUCCAGGAUGAGGGUGAGACGGUGUGGAGCGACCUGUCCUCUCAGUUUUUCCUGAAGGAGUCCCAUCUUGGUCAGAACCGAGCCACAUGUUCCCUACAACAGCUGUCUGCCUUAAACCCACACGUGCGCGUGUCGGCCCACACUGGACCUCUGGACGAGGACCUGCUUCUGCAAUUCCAGGUGGUGGUCCUCACUGACUCUUCACUGGAUGAUCAGAAGCGUUUUAAUAAGCUCUGCCAUUCGCAAGGAAUCAAGUUCAUUGUAGCAGACACCAAAGGCCUCUGUGGUCAGUUGUUCUGUGACUUUGGGGAGGAGUUUGAGGUCUUGGACCGGGAUGGAGAGAUGCCGGCAUCAGCGAUGAUACAGAGUGUCUCUCAGGCGAACCCUGGAGUGGUGUUCUGCACAGAUGACCGCAAGCAUGAAUUCUCAGAUGGCUCCAAAGUUAUCUUCUCUGAUGUCCAAGGCAUGACGGAGCUCAACACCAUGGGCCCUGUAGAGAUCAAAGUCAGUGGCCCGUACUCCUUCAGCAUUGGUGACACUUCAGCCUUUUCUAAGUAUGAACGGGGUGGAGUAGUGACCGAGGUGAAACAGCCCUCCACGCUGAAUUUUAAACCACUGAGUGAGGCUCUGUUGGAUCGCAAGCUGCUGAAAACGAAUGAUUAUGGAAAAAUACAGCAGCACGAGACCCUGCACUUGGCUUUCCAAGCGCUCCACAGCUUUGUGAAGAAAGAACAGCGACUACCUCGUCCUCGGUCUCAGUCAGAUGCAGACACCCUGCUUGCCAUAGUGGAGGAGCUGAAUACAGUCGCACAGCUGGAACAGCUGGAUGAAGCUGCUGUGAGGAACCUGUCCUACACAGCCCAGGGCGACUUGGCUCCUAUCAAUGCCUUCAUUGGAGGUGUUGCAGCUCAAGAAGUUAUUAAGGCAUGUAGUAGGAAAUUUACGCCUCUUCAGCAGUGGCUAUAUUUCGAUGCACUGGAGUGCCUCCCUGAAGAGGAGGACCAGCUGGCAGAGUGCUCCUUUUCAGCAAGCAACACAAGGUACGACGGACAGAUUGCCGUGUUUGGGUCAGCGUUCCAGGAGAAGCUUGAGAGGCAGAAGUAUUUCCUGGUGGGAGCUGGUGCUAUCGGCUGUGAGCUUCUUAAAAACUUUGCCCUCAUUGGGCUCGGUGCCGGAGAGGAAGGCCACAUCACUGUAACAGACAUGGACUUCAUAGAAAGAUCCAAUUUGAACAGACAGUUUCUGUUCAGGUCACAGGAUAUUGGGAAACCAAAAUCAGACGUCGCAGCCAAAGCCGUGCAAGAGAUGAACCCACAGACGAAAAUUACUGCCCACCAGAACCGUCUGGACUCUGACAGUGAAGGAGUGUAUGAUUACAACUUCUUCAUGGGUCUCGAUGGAGUGGCCGCAGCCCUCGAUAAUGUGGAAGCCAGGGUCUAUCUUGAUGGACGCUGUGUUCAACACCAGAAACCGCUGCUGGAGGGAGGAACUUUAGGAAGUCAGGGUCAUACUCUGGUGGUGGUGCCUCACCAUACAGAGUCUUAUGGGCAGCCCAGAUCAAACUCUGAUGAUGCCAUCCCUCUGUGCACGCUCAAGAACUUCCCUCACCGCAUUGAGCACACCCUGCAGUGGGCCAGAGACCAGUUUGAAGGACUGUUCAAACAAACACCUGAAAAUGUGAAUCUCUUCCUGAGCGAUCUAGGUUUUGUGGAACGGACCCUUGGCCAUGGAGACGCUGAGGCCCUGGAGGUUCUUGGGGGGGUGUGGAGCAGCCUUGAGGACAGGAAAGCUGGAGGACAGCGUCCAGCCAGCUGGGAGGACUGUGUAAGCUGGGCACGCUGCAAGUGGGAGACUCUCUAUAACAACGAUAUCCGCCAGCUUCUGCACUGUUUCCCUCCCGGAGAGAUGACUGAGGCUGGCCUACCCUUCUGGUCUGGAACCAAGAGAUGCCCUCACCCACUGACCUUUGACCCCAACACUUCUGCCCAUAUGGACUAUGUGGUGGCUGCAGCUAAUCUGUACGGGCAGAUCUACGGCAUCAAAGGGACAAGAGACUGUGCUUCAAUCCAAAAAAUCUUAGAGACAGUCCAUGUACCAUCUUUCACUCCCAAGUCUUCUGUGAAGAUUCAUGUCACUGACGAGGAGAUUAAGGAGGAGAAACAAAAGGACAGUGAUGACGCUGACAAAGCCAAACUUGAGGAGCUGAAAGGAAAACUGGCCUCACCAUCUCUGAAAAGCUCGUCCAUGCAGAUGUACCCCACCGCCUUUGAAAAGGAUGACGACAGUAACUUCCACAUGGACUUCAUUGUUGCUGCUUCUAACCUGAGGGCAGAGAACUAUGACAUCCCUGCAGCCGAUCGGCACCAGAGUAAACUCAUAGCUGGAAGGAUCAUCCCAGCCAUAGCUACCACCACAGCCGCAGUGGCAGGCCUGAUGUGCCUGGAGCUGUAUAAACUGGUGCAGGGUCACCAGAAGAUCAGCUCUUACCGCACGGCUUAUAUGUACCUGGCUGCCCCGCACUUUGUGUUCUCCCAGCCGACGCCGCCCCAGCAGUUUGAGGUCGCAGGAAAGAAAUACACCCUGUGGGAUGACUUCCUUGUUGAGGGCAGACGCGGCGGUCAGCAGGAAAUGACCUUGGGAGAUCUGUUCCAGUUUAUCAAGGACAAAUAUAACUUGACCAUCAGCGGUCUCUUCUAUGGACCAGCUGUCUUAUACGUGGGGCAAGAAGAGAGGCUCAAGCAGAGUGUGUCUGAGGUGGUGAAGAAGGUCACCAAGAAAGACAUUCCUCAAAACAAGAAGAUGUUGGAGCUGGUCGCCUCAUUUACUGAAGAUGAGGACUGUGAGACAGCCCCACCCAUCAGAUACCUGCUCUUGUGAUGACACCAGCACAAAAUUUCCACAAUGUUUCCAGUGAGAAGGCGUCACAGCACAACACUUCUAUGUGACAGAACAAAGUUAAAACUCCUGUGACAUCGUAUCGGUUAAAAACAUCCUCAUUUUGUUGCUUUAGCUGUUGUUUGCCAAGAUUAAUAUCCAAAUGAUUUUUUUUCCUAGCUUCUGUUGAUCUGUUUCCUUUCACAAAUGUUUUUGAACUAUUGCACUCGCAUAAUUUUAAAGCUAAGAUGAGAUAAGAUAAGAUAAGAUCAUUCUUUAUUAGUCCCACAUUAAUCGGUUUGUAUUGUUAAUGACACUUUGAUCAUGUGAAGUGAAUUAUUCCACAACCAUGUCCAUGUCCCCUUUCCCUUUUUCUUUAUUCUAUGGCAAAAGCAUAAACUUAGCAAACGCUACCUUUCCUCAUUCCCAUAAAAGUUCCCACAAAGUUCUGUUUGCUAACUUUUGGUUUUCAUUUACAUGUAAAAUGUGUCUUUCAAGAGGUUAGGCUAAGAGGUUGUGAAGAUGCUUGCCAAGGCAUAUGGAUUAGAUGAUCUGGCGCUGCUGGGGCAGCACUGGCCUGGUUUCAAGGUUUAAUUCAGGUCAGACUGAGCACGAGGUUGAAAGGGGGGAUGCAAGUCCGAACAGGCACUUGGCACAGUGGGUACAGUGCACUGACGAUUCGGGGUGCUCUUGCCAUCUGGACACAACUGUCAUGUUUAAAUCCUGCUUGGAGCACACAUGCAUCCAACCUCCCCCUCCCUCCCCAGAAGGAUCCCAGAGCCGGUCAUGAGAAGCUGGACUCAUCUACGGAGCCUUCGUCUGUCCUCAGAUGGCUUUUAUGCACAAACUGCCCUUUUCCACAACCCCUCGAUGGGUUUCACUUUACAGCCUCACUUUUAUAAUGUCAUUUUUACAAUGCUCUGCUCUCGGCUAUUUGAAUCGUGUCAUGUGCUCUCAGGAAUUAUUACUGCAGCUACUAAUAGGGGUUAUUUAAUCAGUGAUCGAAGAAUGAUGUGUGCGAUUGAAUUGUGUUUUAACUGUACUAAUUCAAUAAAUGUGUCUCUAAGGAACCAAA